AUGACUUCUUCUGCACCACAAUAUAGUCCCAAAAAAAGACGACUCGUGCAACCUUUUAAUUUGGAUAGACCACUCUCAUACUUCUCUUAUCCUAAGGAUCAUGCCCAAUUCCAUUGCACCAUGGAUGGAGACAGCGACUUGGAGGAUGAUACCUCCAUCUUUGUGGGGAGACGACAUGAGUUAACUGAAAGAUUGGAGGAGAAUCCUUACGAUUUAUUAACCUAUCUCGAACGAGCGAGCGUCUAUAGCGAUUUGGGAUAUCCAGAUUUGGCAUCGGGAGAUAGUUACAAGGCUUUAUUGUUAUGCGAUGAAUUGAAGGACGAAAGUUUCGAAUAUCAUGAACAAGCGCUCGAAGCAUUUAAAUCUCGACUCGCAGAUGGCUUUUCGGAAAAUCUUUUGAAAAGACAUGUUCCUGGGUUGGCAGAUACGGGAAAUGUUACAGAGACCAUUGAGAGAAGUGGAAUCGAGAGGUUGAAUUUGGAUGAGGUGGAUGAAGAUGUGUAUAUGCGAAUCGCAGAUAAGGCUGCAUUACGAUGUUAUCAAAAUCUCUCAUUAAGUCUUCUGUUAUGCGGAUGCUUAAAGAGUGCUUAUGAUUUUUGUAGCAGAGGAUUAAAAGUCGCCCCUGAUGAUGAGGAAUUGAGUCAAGUGAAGGAUUAUAUUUUCAAUAUGGCGAAGAGGAGGUUGAAAACCGACGAGGUGGAUAUUUCCGAAUUACCAGAUCAAGGCUUAGUACGACGCGAAAUCUAUCCUUGGAAUGACCACGAACCCAAUCGUUUCUCGGAAGAAUCUCUCGACUUUUUAAAUCAGGAAUUGCAAGCUAUCUCUUCAAAGGUCGAGGUUAGAGCUGUUGAAUUGCCUACAUUGGUGGAAGCUGCGAUUUCUCAAGAGGAAGAUGGACAUAUACCUACAAACAAACAAUUGGGGUUAUUCGCAACCAAUGAUAUUCAACCCGGCGAAACUGUCCUCGAAGAAACUUCUGUUUUAACAGUUAAUAAUCGUUUGAAAGAUGCCCUUUGCGAUGCCUGCAGUACUGUAUUACCUCCAUUGGGUAAGAAUAGCACAGUAGUAGGAUGUCCUGAUUGUUACGAUAUUAUGUUUUGUAAUGAAACCUGUCUCAAUCUCGCCUUGGAAACAUACCAUCCAGCUAUUUGCGAAAAAGAUGUCGAUACCAUCUCCAAAGAUCCAGAUCCGAAAGAAUCACCAAACGCCCUCUAUCUUCUCCUUUUGGCUCGCGCAUUAGCCAUGUCGGCAACUCAAGAAGUUCAUCCUCUCGAUUUGAAAGAAGUUAAAUUUAUUUGGGGAGAUUUUCUCGAUUCAGCUAGUAAUGCGGUUCCUAUUUCUCCUAAAUCAGAGCCACCUCCUGUCUGGACUCUUCCAUUUUCUUUCUCGUCAAAUAUCGCAACUCCUCUUCAUAUCCUUGAGAAAAUGGAUAUUGACAUUUUUGCCGAAAUCGCAAAUUAUGAUCUUUGGAUUUUAAAUACUUUGUAUAGUAAAUUUAGGGGUACAGCAUCAGCGAGAGUAAAUACGUCAACGGGGAUGCCGGAAGUUGCGGCUGUUCAUCCUCUUUGGUGUUUGGCAAAUCAUGAUUGUGAUCCAAAUGUACAAUGGGAAUGGGGAGGAAGAAUGAAAUUGUGGUGUAGGGAGAAGAGAAUUAAUGGGAAGGGUGGCGUGAAGAAGGGAGAAGAGAUUUGGAAUCAUUAUUGUGAUAUUGAAUUGCCGGUUCAAGAGAGGAGAGAGUGGGCAGAGGGGAGUUUGGGGGGUUGGUGUAUGUGUGAGAGGUGUAGGAGGGAGUCGGGUGAGAUUUAUGGCGAGGGAGAGAAUUAUGGGGAGAGAGAGAAUUACGGGGAGAAAAGGUUAAAUGUAUUUGUGGAUGUGGGGGAGAAUUCGCUUACACCUACUGGUGUGGAGGUGGAUGGAAAGAUUGUGGAAAAUGGAUAUGUGGAUGUGAAGAUGCCAUUGUCUGGAGAGGAAGAUGUGGUGUCAAAUGGAGGUAAAAGAGUAACUGAAUAG